GGGGCCACACCUGAGAAAUUUUACUAGCCCUGAGUAAUCAUCAGUGCUGCAAGGGCACUUUGUUCCUGAUUUCAGACUUACAGCUUAGAGGAUGACACUUUGCACCAGUAUCACUGGCUACCUUCAGGAACUGUUUGUGGGAAUAAUCAUCAUCUGCCUGGUUGGGUUAAGCCACAUCCAGCUUAAUCUCGAUUCAGAGGAGAUGUGUGCCUGUAUCCAGUGUAUGGCAGGAAGUAAAGAGGACCCCUGGUUCGCAGAGCACUACAAGAACCGGGUGCCAAAACUUCUUUCCAGGCAGAACAGCGAGCUCCAUCCUAACACUAGCAAAUGGUGGCAGCGGCUUCAAGGUGGGCCAAGUAAAAAGAACUACAGUGCAGUUGUGGAGACUCUGUUCUCGUUGUUCCCUGAUGAAGAACACUACUCGGACGCUGGUCCUCACCGCUGCAGAACCUGUGCUGUGGUGGGCAACUCUGGAAAUCUGGAAGGAUCUCAUUAUGGCCAUCUAAUAGACGCCCAUGACUUUGUCAUAAGGAUGAACAAAGCCCCCACUGCAGGCUUUGAGAAGGAUGUUGGGUCAAAGACCACUCACCGCGCCAUCUACCCUGAGAGUGCUGUGGACAUGGACAACUCCACUCACCUCGUCCUGGUACCUUUUAAAAUUCUGGAUCUUGAGUGGCUUAUCAGUGUCUUCACCACCAAACACAUCACACGCACGUAUACUGUAGUGAAAAGCACAAUACAAGUAGCCAAGGACAAGGUGAUGAUAUUGCACCCUGAGUUUAUGAGAUAUGUCUAUGAGAUCUGGCUGCAGAAACAGGGGAAAUAUCCUUCUACUGGCUUCAUGAUGCUCGUGUUCUCCCUGCACAUCUGUGACCAGGUGAAUGUAUUUGGAUUUGGUGCCAGUAAAGAUGGGAACUGGAACCACUACUUUGACAAAAGAUAUUAUCAUUUUCUCAACACUGGCGUACACAGAGGAAGCGCUGAAUACAACAUCACUCUGAAACUCCACCAGAAAAACAAGAUCCAGAUGUAUAAAGGAUGGUAA